AUGGGAAUAACCAUCCAAAACAUCACAGGAAACACAGCAAUGGUAAUUUGGCCAAAAAUGGCUAGCUGUGCCGACAGCUUUUACAGCGUCAUGUACCACCCCAACUGGAACAGCAUGCUAUCGAGUUACUCACGGAAGAGCUUUCAGAAGGAGGAGAGAGUGCCCACGAGUCGGUCUUCGUUUGUGGUCGAAAACCUAACUCCACUAACAACAUAUAUUCUGUGUGUGACCUGCCAGUCUGCAAACCCCUCCAGUGACCAGUGCAGAACUUUUCAUACGCUGGAACAAGACCCAGCAUCUGCAAGCAACACCAAGAAAGAGCUAGCGCUGGGCAUCUGGCUCACCAGCAGCGUCCUACUGCUCAUCAUUGCUGGGAUCCUCCUCUACGGCUGUCUCCAUCUGCUGUGCCGUAAGAGACAGGAGCAGCAGGAAGGACAAAACAGGACCUCGGCAGGCAGCACCGGGGAGACGUGGACUAAAAGCACGGCACAGACCUCAGAGGAGUUUGGCAGGCAAAGCCAACUGAUUCAGGACACCGAGGGAAAGAAUCGAGGUGGCAUCCAGCUGGCCACGAUAAUAGCGAAUCCUUUAACUUGCAAGAAGCCCAUCAUGCAGACCUCCAAAAGCCAGGAACCAGUGCCAGUGCCAGGGCAGUAUUCUGCUAUGAAUUAG